GGGCCUUUGUAUGGUAAUAAUAAUGAUUGUGCAGAUGGAGAAGAAAAAAGUUGUGUUGGGUCUGGUGGUAAAUGUUUGCAGAUAGUUGAUUAUUCCUUUGGAUGGGCUUUGUCAGAUGGAAAUGUGAUUGCAAGCUACCAACCACUUGGCGAAGUUGGUAUAUACCCAUGCGAGAAAACCUCAAAAAUGAAGGAUUCAAGCGCAACUAUAGAUAUUUUAUUCUUCAAAUUAGGAUCUAGUAAAAUCAAAUUCUGCGGCAAACGUAUAUGGUUUCAUGACACAACUUGUUUCAAAAAGCAAAAUAUUCGCAGUGCGGAAGGAUGGAAAAUUGUGGAUUCAAAUUAUAUAGAUCAAAAAUACCAAAAUCUUUUAACCUUCCACAUUCUUCCAGUAAAAGCAAUGAGAGAAAGUAUGCAAAAUAUUUGGGAGCAUUGUGGAGAAGAUUGUGAUCUUGAAGCAACAAUGCAAAAAUGUGAGAAAAUGUUUGUCAAAUUUGUAGGUUAUUUUGGGUGUAAACGAAAUAAAAUUUAUCUUAUUUAG